UGUUUGGUGUCUAAUCCUGGGGCUUGUUGAGAGUUUUCCUGCUGAGCAAAAGAGGGAAAUCCAGCACAAAUAAAACAACUUCAGAUUUGUAUUUUGGAGGUGACUGAUAGUCCAGCCUCAGUCUAAUAAGGGGAGCAAAACCGAAAGAACCGUGGGUGCUGGAAAUCAGAAACAAAACAUUAAUUGCUGGGAAAACUCAGCAGGGUCACUGAACCUGAAACAUUAACUCUGCUUUCUUUCCAGACCUGCAGAGUUUUUCUAGCAAUUUGAUCUGUUGUCCAGUGUUCGGCUCUGUGGCAAGACCUGGCGUCACUUGUUUUCAAACGUAAGAAACAAGAAAAUCUAUCAAGAUGCUGGUUCUGAAGACAAUGACAUCCUUCAUGGCUGUGCAGUGUGUACGUUCUCGUGUUUGCCACAGAAAUUUUUGGGGAUGGUUAAAUGCUGUUUUCAACAAGGUGGAUUAUGAUCGUAUAAAGGAUGUUGGUCCUGACAGAGCUGCAUCCGAGUGGUUACUUCGUUGUGGUGCUAGUGUGCGUUACAAAGGCUUUGAUAAAUGGCAGAAAGAUUACAAUCACCUACCCACUGGCCCAUUGGAGAAAUUCAAAAUUGAAAGAAUUGAUGCCACUGAAUCAUGCAUUAUGUUCAAAGGAUUUGACUACCUGGAUUAUCUGGAGCAUGUUGAAGAAAUUAAAUUCCAAAGGUGUAUAUACAUUCAAGAUGAGUGCCUUGAGAGAUUAUGCAGGAUACAAAAUUUGCAAAAGAGCCUUCAAUGGCUGGAAAUUAUUUCCUGUGGAAAUGUCACAGACCGGGGAAUUCUAUCACUUCACCUUCUUAAAAACCUAAGAUAUUUGUUUCUGAGUGAUCUUCCUGGCGUAGAAGAAAAAGAAAAAACACUUCAGAUUUUGAUAAGAGCUUUACCUAACUGCGAAAUUAAAGUUGAUCUUUAGUAAAACUACAACUUACAAAUUUAUGUAUAGUUUAAAUACAAUGCUACUUUGGAAUAAGGAUCACAAAAAUAUUAUCUGUAAAAAGGUAGGCUCAUGCUUUUGCAGUCGUUAGAUAUCAGAAUGUGUUAGCCACAAGUGCUUUAUUCUCAUUUGUCAAAUUAGAUAUGAGCCUUUAUCUUGAAAAGACUUGAUCUAUAGUAAUUAUUCAUUUAUUAGUGCUAUAAAAAUCCAUGAAUCAAGAUUGUAAAAAUUUCAAUAGUAUUUAAAGUACAUCAAUUAUAAUCGAAAAUGUUCAAACAUCAGUUCUAUUCAUUUUGUAGUAUGAAAGAAACCUUCCCUAUUAGUCAUUAUUUCAAAAUACUUUGGUUUAAAAUGUGCAUACAGUUACCAGGAGACUGCAUUAUUUUUACUUUCUGUAGUUUGUAUUUAUAAUAAUUUACAUUUCUGAUACGGAGCGGCAUACACUUGCUGUUAGGUAUAAAUGAACUGGAUGUGCAAUUUAUUCCAGUAUUAACAGAUUUGUGGCUAAAUAUACAACAUAACUUCAUUGAUUUAAAAAUCGCCAUUUAAGUAUUGCAGAUUUUGUAAUCUAUUUGCAGGUUAUAAUUUCAGCUAUUCAUAAGUAUACAUUUACAACAAUGAUACCUCAUUAAAGGUAUAAACCAAUGAUUUUACAAAAGUUAUGAUCUUACAGUAGUCACACCUGCAGUUUGUUUUAGUUGUUUGAUUCAAAUAUGUUAGAUUAACUUUUCAGUGCUAAUUCUUAAUUUGUGUAUUUUUUAAAUGUUGUACCUGUUUAUUUUAUUCGUAUCAAAAUUGUCAAGCUAAAUCACUCC